AUGGCCUUGCACGCCAGACUCCUCCAUGACCUGGCCGAGAUUCAGAAGCACCCUUACCCGAAUAUCAAGCUCGUUCCUCACGAGCACGAAAUCAGAACUGCAUGCUUAGUCCUGACGCCUAUGGGCCAAGAUCCUCUCCAUUUCACUAUCACGUUCCAGAACAACUACCCGCUCAAAGCCCCUUCUGUUCGCAUCGACAGCUCGGUCCACCACCCAAACAUCUUCGGCGGUUACAUCUGUGCCUCAAUCCUCAACACUAGGGACGGUUGGACGCCCGCCUACACCGUUAAAGGUAUUGCCAUCCAGCUUCUGAGCUUCUUCAGUAGUGACAACCUGGAGCAAGACCAUGGCGGCGUCCAAAACCUCAAUCGUUAUCGUCUUCCAGAUGGUCGCUGGCAGCCCGAUGGCGGAGCCUUCAGAUGUUUGAACUGCCUGUACUCACGGUCUAAGCCUGGGAACCUUGCUCUAGCCAUGCCUAGCUACUCGAUCAAUCUGGGCGACUUGCUCGGUCUCUCUAAUGAUCCAGAGCCAAGGGCAUCAGAGUGUCAGUCGACUUCGGGUCGCGGUACAGAACUCGGAGUACCCCUCAGCCACUCUACAUCGACCCCUCCCACAAAUGCGGCUGCAGACGAGGAUUACGAAGUCACUCCCCUUUCGGACAUGCCGGCUGAGAUACUGGUGAGGAUCUGCGAUCACCUUGAGAGUGAGGACUUGAUUGCCUUUGCAAGAUCCUGGAAUCGUAUCGGCAGCGCCCGCGGUAUCGUCACGCAAUUCAACCUACUACGCAACCGGGAGCUGCAGUGCUUUGUUCUUAAGAAGAGCUUCGAUGAGCUCGAGCUAGGGGUCGGCGUCCAAGUUACAUUGCGUGGCCGCCAAGGGCAGAUUACCUCGGAAUUCGACCUCCUGUCUGCUCAAGCCUACAACGAGCACAGCAUCCGUCGAUCUGUUCAUGGUCUCCCAUUCAGGCACCACUUACCUCUGGCUAUUUCUCGUCGACACUACCAGCGAGUUCGUGAGCGGAUCCAGCCUCGCCUGGCCGAGAUUGCCACUGAAGCUCGUCUCAGUACCACUCUCCCUUCCGAGGUUAUUGUUUCGUUCAUGAGCGACAUCGUUGUCAAACUUUGCGACCAGGCUAGAGAUGCUUCAGACCCAAGCGCCUUGGGGCGGGCUUCUGAACGUGCCAUUGAGUCCUACUAUCAUCUCUUUCACCUACUUUUGUGCCAGGCCUCCGAAGGACCCAGCAUCAUCCGAAAGGUCAACAGUACACUGGCCGGUGUUCUGAAUGGGAGGACAUCCAAAGCCACGAUCCCUAACCUUGGCCACCUGCUCAUCAGUCUCCCGAUCUCAGAUGUCCCGGUGACCGAGAAGCUGCUCAAAACAAUCGUCAAGGAGGCCAUCACCCGCAACGUGGUGUGGAUGUUCGAUCGUCAGCAGGGCAAAGGCAUGUCUGAACUUGCGUAUCUGGAAGCCAACGAAGUCUCCCCGUACCGUCUGCAAAAGACCUUCGAAGCGAGCAAGACUUCCUACACGCUGCUCAUGUUCCAGAACACCUUCCGUCAAACCAUCAAUCGGGGCUCGGGCGAGAAACGCAAAAGCGUCAAGCAGAUGCGCGACCAGCUCUUCGACGCACACGGAAGCCCCCCGAAGGGCACCGCGGCCCGUCUGGCUAGGCGGAUCGGUCAGCUUCAAGCCAUCAACACGUUCCCUCACUUCAUCAAUGUGAUGGAGAUCGAAAUGCCAACGGCGGCUUACUUCACCACCUUGCUCCGCGGCUGUGUCAUUGAGAGCGUGAAGAAGGGAUACUCUACCUGGGGCAUCAGCCAGGGCCCUGCUCUCGAGCUACGUCGCCAAGUCGAUCCCAAUGUUCAGGUCCGUGAUGUGUGGCCGGAGGAGACUGGCCGGCGACCUCCACCAGGCCCAGCCCAGGAGACGUCGUUCUUUCCUAGCAAUCGUGAUGGCGGCAACAACAACAACAACUGGGGAGGGCUUGGACACGGACGUGGUCGCGGUCGUGAAAAUCGACGGGAAGGCUCCCCAGUUUCGCAGCAAGUCUCAUCCAGAAGCCUCUCUGCUGUGCGUUCGGGGGACGAGCCUUCUAGUCAAUUUGGCCGACCGACCCCAGGUCAGUGA